AAUAGUAAAUAGUGUGUUAAAUUAUAGUAAACAUCUAAUAAAUUCCAAGUAACUCUCAAGAAUGGACAAAGAUCCUUUAAAACACUGGAUACUAAAGUCCAACCGAAUGGACAGGCGACCGCCAUUACCGCCAGUGUCCACCACGGAACCGCUGACGGUGCGAACGGUGCUACAACUUUAUUUCAAUACCUUUCUGGGCGCCAACUUCGCCGAGUCCUGGGUGUACCCAUUGGAUGUGGCCAAGACACGCAUGCAGGUGGAGGGUGAGGAGGCCAAGAAGACGGGCGCCAAGGUACCCAAUGCCUUGGCCACGCUCAAAAGUAUCGUGAAGAACGAGGGCCCCCAGACACUGUAUGCCGGAUUUUCGGCCAUGGUCGCGCGGAAUUUGAUCUUCAACUCGAUGAGGGUGGUGCUCUACGAUGUCUUUCGGCGGAAAUUCAUCAAAGUGGAUGAAAAUAAUAAGGAAACACUGUCCGUCUCGUCGGCGCUGUCGUGCGGCUUUGUCGCUGGCUGCAUUGCCCAGGCGAUGGCCAAUCCCUUUGACAUUGUCAAGGUGCGCAUGCAGACGGAGGGUCGCCGCAGAUUGAUGGGUAAGGAGCCGCGUGUCACCAACUUGUUUGAUGGCUUCACGAGCAUCUACCGUGAGGGUGGCCUGAUUCGCAUGUGGAAGGGCGUCACGCCGAGCUGCCUGCGCGCAUGCCUCAUGACCGCCGGCGAUGUCGGCUCCUACGAUCUAAGCAAACGUUUCUUCAAGAAUCUCCUCGAUCUGGACGAUGGCCUGCGUCUGCGUUUCCUCUCCUCCAUGUGUGCCGGUCUGACGGCCAGUGUGCUCAGCAAUCCCGCCGAUGUCAUCAAAUCUCGGGUGAUGAAUCAACAAACGGAUGCCUCCGGCAAGAAUCUCACCUACAGGAACUCCAUGCAUUGUUUGGUAAAAACUGUCAGCGAGGAGGGUCCCCUGGCAUUGUACAAGGGCCUGUUGCCCUGCUGGUUUCGUCUGGGUCCCUUCUCGGUGCUGUUCUGGUUGUCUGUGGAGUUCUUAAGAGAUCUGGAGGGACAAGCGGGUUUCUGAGGGCAGGAACUACUUUUUAAUGGAAGGAAUUGUGAUCACUGUAGAGGACUCGGCAACCACUAGAAAUAUUAUAAUUUGGAGAGCAACGUGUGGUAUAGACUGAAGAGGAUCUUCAUUUGAUGUGAACUUAAAAAGUGUCCUCAAAGAUCAUUAUUUGGAGAGCAAAGUGCGGCAUAAACUCGAGAGGAUUGUCAUUUCUUGUGAUCGUAAAAGCGCUUCACUUUCUUCGUUUUAUUCCCAUCAAAAUUGGAUUGGAAAUCUCAUAAAAAUUUGUGGAAUUUAGAGGAUAUGCUGGAGAGGAUCUUUGUGGGUUUGGUUUGUGCAUAUUGUCUCAACCAAACCGUAUUAAAAAUACCCGCAAAGAGGGUACACAUUAUAGUCUAUAGGAAAAGUUAGCAGAGGAAUGUAUAAACGGAAGAGAAUCUUCAUUUGUUUUGAUCGUAAAAGUGCUUCACAUUCUGCUGCAUAUUGCCAUCAAAAUAGGCAGUUAUUACUUCAAGAAAAGUGUCACAGAGUUCAUACUU